CCCAUGUAGAGAGAGGAGGGGAGCUGUCAAAAGAGACAGAAAAUAAGAGAGAGAGAGACAGGCUAGGGGCGAAGAGCAGGAAAAGAGAAAAGACUGCAACCCCCCAAAAAUCCGGUGACCAUGGACCCUGUCCCGAGGAUGGUCAGUCCUGUCUGUCUGAUCAAGAACGAGGAAGGGAAGACGUUGCAGGUGAACCCAGAAGCUGAGAGGAUCCUGAAGAACAUCUCCCAGCCAUUGGUGGUGAUAUCCAUUGCAGGACCUUAUCGUUCUGGGAAGUCCUACCUGAUGAACAAAUUAGCCGGAGCAUGCGGCGGUGGGUUUUGCGUGGGGGACACGGUGGAGGCCAAGACUAAAGGGAUCUGGAUGUGGUGCAUCCCCCAUCCUGAAAAGAGAGACCACACGUUGGUUUUACUGGACACCGAGGGACUCGGGGAUGUGAUGAAGAUUGAGAAACAGAGUGAAUUAUCAAUUCUGACCCUAUCCGUGCUAAUCAGCAGCACCAUGAUCUACAACAGCAAGGGGGUAAUUGGCCAGGAGGACCUGGAGAAGCUGUACGCAGUUUCUGAGUACAGGGAAUACCUGAUGGACAGAGAGUCGAAGAACACCCAGGAAGAUGGAGAAGGGGUAGAGCCUGAGGUGAUCCCCCUUUUCAUCUGGGUUUUGCGAGAUUUUUCUCUGCAGCUGGAAAUUAAUGGCCGACCUUUCACUGAAGAUGAAUACUUGGAGAACUGCUUGAAGGACAUACCAAACGCAAAAUCUUUAAAGAUGCAACAAAAAAACAUGAUCAGACAGUGUAUCAGGGCGAUGUUCCCGACACGUAAAUGCUUCAUCUUUGGGUCACCACCUCCGAGCAACCAGACCACUGAGCUUCGGCCUCCGAGGGACCUUAAUGAGCAAUUUACAAGAAAAACAGAGGAAUUCUGUCAGUACAUCUAUGAUAACGUCGAGGCCAAAACGCUUCAAGGAGGUCAAACUGUCACCGGAUCGAUUCUUUGGAAGCUGCUCCCGAAGUACAUCAAAGCUGUAAAGAGCGGAGAUUUCACUGCUUUGGAGACUUCUAUAAGCUACUUGGCUGCAGAAAAAAAUGAGAAGUGCAUUAAAUCGGCCACGAAUCUAUACGAGGAGAAGAUGAAAUCUAAGUCCGUCCACAUGGAGAGUGAAUUCCAGGAGCUUCAUGACAUCUGCAUGAAGGAGGCCCUUCAGACCUUCCAGAGAACUUAUUUUAAGCAUAAAAAAGAGGAAAACAGAAAAUAUGAGGACGCUCUUAAGGCCAUAUUGAUGGAGAAGAAAAACUCAUUCUGGAAGCUGUGCGAAGAAUCUUCAUUAAAAGUCUGCAGUGAUCUCAUCCAACAACUGGCAAAACCACUGGAAAAAGCCUUACAUGAAAACAAAUACCAUGUGGUGGGAGGACACGGUGCCUUCACUGAGGAGAAGAACAAAUUUGUUUCCCGAUAUAACCAGGAAUGUGGCAAACAUGUUAAGGCCGAAGAUGUUCUCCAAGCCUACCUGAAGACCAUGGACAACGUGGAAAAGAUCAUUCAUCAAACCGAUACAAAGCUGUCAGAGACAAAGAAGAGAAAAUACAAAGUGGACGAUGUGGGAGACAGCGGCCAGCUCACAGACUACAUCCGCAGCUACCAGCUGGAGAGCAAGACCCAUCAGCGACUUCUCAUCCAAGUCAUUGGUUUUACCGGCCAUGGGAAGUCGUCCUUUGUGAAUUCCUGUCUGUACACGGUGCACUCCAAGAGCUUUGAGAACCAUGCAGCCGAAUGUUCGACUACUUUAAACAGAAGAGGCUACCAGCUGACGGAGAGCAUCACUAUAGCAGACAAUCGGGGCUUCCACCCCAUGGACUCCUCUGUGAUGAACGAGAUUUAUGCUCAACUCGGUGGUUUUGUGCCACUGAAUCAGCCCGUGAUAUGGGGUGAGAAUAAACAUUUGCCAUUAACUUGGGCAAACAGCUCCGUACCUGACUUAGUGGUGCCCGUCCUCAUCUGCAGAGCAACGUAUUGUUUCAAUAACAAAGAAUUCCAAGAAAUGAAACAAUUCCUUAAAGACAGUCAGAAGAUUACAAAGAUCCUGCCAUUUGUGGUUAUAACCAAUAAGCUGAGCGGAAGCAGUGACUACUUGGAGGGGCAGUUUUUCCAGAUGGGAAUAGAGAAAAUUUACGCUCUGGAGAACUAUACCGUCCAGGACCACGAUCGCGUGCGGCAGAAACACCUGGUUUUCCUGAAGUUCCUCUAUGAUGUCCUGCAAACGGUGGAUUUUAUUUUUAAGUAGGAUCCCCAAGAAAAGACAGAAUAAUGCGGUCACCCGAUAAUAUACGUGUCAUGGGAGCAAAGUUUUCAAAAUGUGUCAACUAAAAACUGUAUUCUCUGUUAAUUGGGAGGACAACUACCCCCCCCAUCGUGGGUGGGAGG